ACCUGUGAGGAACUGAUGAUGUGUGGGAAGUAGAAUCCACUAACUCACUGAACGCGUAACUCACAUUCACAAACGCCAUCCAAAACCACCGUAACAAACCCACCAAUCUCAGCAACCACCCUGUCUUCCACCACCGGCGACACACCAAAUUACAAAAACACCCUUCCAAAUCCAAUAAACUAAUGCACACAUCAUGCUCAUAUAAAGGACCGUACGUGUCAAAAUCACCAUCAUUUUUAUCGCCCUUUCUCUCUCCUCAUCUCGGAGUACUCAUUACGCCUAAUAAUACUACUAGACCUACACACACAACGAGCACGAAGAACAAGAGUGCUGUAAUUAGGGCAAUGCCUACUGCUUCUUCUUCACCUGAGAUCGAUAACAAUGGCGCUUUGCGGAAGUUCAAGCUGAACGAAGCGUCGUUUCUCGCUUCUCUCAUGCCGAAGAAGGAGACCGGUGCCGAUCGCUUUGUUGAAGCGCAUCCGGAGUACGAUGGCCGCGGUGUUGUUGUUGCUAUUUUCGAUUCUGGUGUUGAUCCGGCUGCCGCAGGAUUACAGGUGACCUCAGACGGGAAACCAAAAGUCCUAGAUGUCAUUGAUUGCACUGGGAGUGGUGAUGUUGAUACAUCAACCGUUGUGAAGGCUGAUGCAAAUGGUUGUAUUCGUGGUGCAUCAGGGGCGUCCCUUACUAUAAAUUCUUCUUGGAAGAAUCCUUCUGGGGAGUGGCAUGUGGGAUACAAGUUGAUAUAUGAGCUUCUUACAGACACAUUAGUAUCUCGUUUGAAGAAAGAAAGAAAGAAAAAGUGGGACGAGAAGAAUCAGGAAACAAUAGCCGAGGCUGUAAAGCAGCUUGAAGAGUUUGACAAGAAGCAUACAAAGGUUGAUGAGACGAAUUUGAAAAAGACUCGUGCGGACCUUCAAGAUCGAGUUGAUUAUUUGAAGAAACAACCAGAUGGCUAUGAUGACAAGGGGCCUGUUAUUGAUGCUGUCGUAUGGCAUGAUGGAGAAGUGUGGAGGGUGGCUCUUGACACGCAGAGUCUUGAGGAUGACCCCACGUGUGGGAAACUUGCUGAUUUUGUUCCCCUAACUAGUUUCAAGAUUGAACGCAAGUAUGGUGUAUUUAGCAAGUUGGAUGCUUGUACAUUCGUGACCAAUGUUUAUAAUGAAGGUAAUAUUUUGAGUAUAGUAACCGACAGUUCGCCACAUGGCACUCACGUUGCUGGUAUUACCACUGCUUUCCACCCUAAGGAACCAUUGCUUAAUGGAGUUGCCCCUGGGGCACAGGUAGUUUCGUGUAAGAUAGGUGACUCACGCUUAGGUUCAAUGGAAACUGGAACAGGCUUGACACGUGCAUUAAUUGCUGUUGUGGAGCACAAAUGCGAUGUUAUCAACAUGAGCUAUGGAGAAUAUACGAUGUUUCCGGACUAUGGUCGCUUUGUGGAGCUUGUUGAUGAGGUGGUAAAUAAGUACCGUGUAGUAUUUGUUAGUAGUGCUGGCAACAACGGGCCUGCAUUGACCACCCUGGGUGCGCCAGGUGGCACCACAUCAAGCAUAAUAGGAGUUGGUGCAUAUGUCUCUCCGGCUAUGGCUGCUGGAGCUCAUGCUUUAGUCGAGGCUCCUCCUGAAGGGCUUGAGUACACUUGGUCUAGUCGGGGACCCACUGCUGACGGGGAUCUUGGUGUAUAUGUGAGUGCUCCUGGUGGGGCAGUGGCCCCUGUUCCUACAUGGACUCUCCAGCGGCGUCAGCUCAUGAAUGGUACAUCCAUGUCAUCACCAUCUGCAUGUGGUGGAGUCGCUUUGGUCAUCAGUGCAAUGAAGGCUGAGGGGAUUCAAGUGAGUCCUUACAGUGUGAGGAAGGCCCUUGAGAAUACUUGUACACCGAUUGGCUCUUUGCCCGAAGAUAAACUAUCAAAUGGACAUGGCCUUAUUCAAAUUGACAAGGCCUUUGAGUAUGCUCAGAAAGCAGCUGAUUUGCCAUGCAUUUGGUAUAAGAUAAGCAUCAGUCAGUCAGGAAAAACAACAUCAUCACCAUUGCGAGGCAUAUACCUCAGAGAGGCUAGCUAUUGCAAUCAAUCUACUGAGUGGACAGUGCAAGUUGAUCCACAAUUUCAUGAAGGUGAAAGUAAUUUAGAACAGCUAGUCCCGUUUGAAGAGUGUAUUGAAUUACGUUCUAGUGGAAAGGAAGUCGUGAAAGCUCCAGAUUAUCUGCUUCUCACUUACAAUGGCCGUAGCUUUAAUGUGGUUGUAGAUCCAACGAAGCUCAGUGAUGGUUUACAUUAUUUUGAAGUGUAUGGAAUAGACUGUAAUGCCCCCUGGCGUGGUCCUCUUUUCCGAAUUCCCGUUACUAUAACAAAGCCAAAAAUUGUGGGAACUCGGCCUCCACUCACUACAUUCUCUGGAUUAUCUUUCCAGCCAGGCCAUAUCGUACGCAAAUUCAUUAAGGUUCCAUAUGGGGCUACAUGGGUUGAGGCAGCGAUGCGUACAUCAGGGUUUGACACUCCAAGAAGAUUCUACAUUGACACUGUACAGAUAUCUCCAUUGAAAAGGCCUAUCAAGUGGGAAAGUAAUGCCAUAUUUUCAUCUCCAUCUACCAAGAGCUUCGUCUUUUCUGUGGAGGGUGGCCGGACGAUGGAAUUAGUGAUAGCUCAAUUCUGGUCUAGUGGUGUAGGAAGUAAUGAACCUGCUGUUGUGGAAUUUGAGCUUGCAUUCCAUGGGAUAGAUGUUAGCAAAGAUGAAGUGAUUCUUGAUGGAAGUGAAGCCCCUGUUAGAAUCGAAGCCCAAUCGCUGUUAUCAUCUGAAAAACUUGCUCCUAUCGCCAAGCUAAAUAAGAUUAGAGUUCCAUAUCGUCCUGUUGAUUCAAAACUGAGUGCUCUUUCAGCAGACCGAGAUAAAUUACCCUCUGGAAAGCAGAUACUUGCAUUGACAUUGACUUACAAGUUCAAAUUGGAAGAUGCCGCUGAAGUAAAACCACAGAUACCCUUGCUUAACAACCGUAUCUAUGAUAACAAGUUUGAAUCCCAGUUUUAUAUGAUUUCAGAUUCAAACAAGCGCAUAUAUGCAAUGGGUGAUGUCUACCCAGAGUAUGCAAAAUUGCCCAAAGGUGAUUACACGUUACAACUGCACUUGAGGCAUGAGAAUGUGUCCUACUUGGAGAAGUUGAAGCAGUUAGUGCUGUUCAUUGAAAGAAAAUUGGACAAGGAGGCUGUGCAAUUGAGCUUUUAUACUCAACCAGAUGGUCCAGUCACGGGUACUGGUAGUUACAGUUCGUCAACAUUAGACCCUGGAUCAAAAGAAGCCUUUUACAUAGGACCUCCCACUAAGGACAAACUUCCAAAGAACUCUCCUGAAGGGUCUGUACUAGUUGGAGCAAUUUCAUAUGGUAAGCCUUCAACUGUGGUGUCGGAUCAGGCAAAUGACCCUGAAAAGAAUCCGGCGUCGUAUCAGAUAACUUAUCUAGUCCCACCAACUAAGGCUGAUGAGGAUAAGGGAAAGAAUUCUACUUCCAAGACUUCCACAAAAAGUGUGUCAGAGCGUUUAGAGGAAGAGGUUCGUGAUGCAAAGAUUAAGGUCCUCGCAAACCUAAAACAAGGCACUGAGGACGAACGAGCAGAAUGGAAAAAAUUAUCCGUCUCACUCAAGGCGGAAUAUCCGAAUUACACUCCCUUGCUGGCCCAAAUAUUGGAGGGACUGAUAUCCCAGGAAGUGGAAGAUAAAGCACACCAUUAUGAAGAGAUAAUUGCUGCAGCAGAUGAGGUUGCUGACAGUAUCGACACAGAAGAGUUGGCAAAAUUUCUUUCCAUCAAUGGUGAUCCUGAAGAGGAAGAUUUCACGGAAACCAAGAAGAAGAUGGAGAAAAGACGUGACCUGCUGGUCGAAGCGCUUUACCAAAAAGGUUUAGCUUUAGUGGAAGUUGCUUCCCUCAAGGGUGAGAUGGCUGCCUUGGCUGCUAACUUAGAUGCGGAAGUUGUGGAUAAACCUGGUGGUCAGUCGGUUUCGGUUGAUCUGUUUGAAGAGACUUUCAAAGAGCUGCAGAAAUGGGCCGACACUAAGUCAUCCAAGUUUUCAACUCUUCUGAUGAUACGCGAACGACAUAGUGGACGACUUGGCACUGCACUCAAGGUGGUGAAUGGGAUGAUUGACGAAGAUGCAAAGAAGAAGUUUUAUGAAGACAGAAUAUCGUUGCUCGAGCAAAGUGGAUGGGAGCAUCUUGUAGUGUAUGAGAAACUAUGGAUGCUUGUACGCUUCCCGCCAUCCCUGCCCCUCUUCUAGGCUACUUUCUUUCUUUCUUUAUUUCUUUCAUACUUGUAUUUCUUUAAUAAAUCAUGUUGGACUUUGUUUGUACAACAUAUCCAUGGUAAAAAAAAUAAUGAAAAUAAAAUUUGCAUGCACCCCAACA